AUGCCGAUCCAGCACCCGGCCCCCCUCUACUCAAACCCGCCCUUCGGGUCACCAUCCUUCCACCCCCAGCCUGUACAAUCCCGAGGCACUGACAGCGGGUACCACUCUGAAUCCGCUUCGCAGGUGAACGGCAACUUGAACUCCUGGGUACCCACGGCUCAGCAGGCCCUCGACAAUGCCCUUCAGGCCAGUGGAUUUACUGAUAUGCAGCACCAAAUGAGAAUGUUCUCUCCCCAGAACGGACUUGAAUAUGGCUUUGGCGCACCGCUCGCUGUGCCGCCCAACAGCCCCGUCGAAGGUGCCGCGUAUAUGGGAGGCCAAGCCCAAGACGCCGGUAAUUAUUUGGCCGAAGGUACAGUCAACGGUGUCUCAGCUUCUACGACUAACGGGGAUAUUCCCCAUCAUGGUUUUGCUGACGGUGGCGUCCCGUUGUCUACCAGAAACUCGCAUCAUCCUAUUGCGAAUGGCUCUUCACUCCCUAUGCAAAACGGAGCUCCUACCGGAGCCAUAGUUGUGAACAGUAACACUCAACGUCUCGUAAGUUCAGGGAUCGCCAACCGUCUUCCACAUGGCGCUCAGCUUUAUGCCACUCAUCCUGUUCAAGGCAUCGAUCCGCGCAGUGUCGAACAGACCGGUCUCCUUUCACCUCCUCGCGGCCCCAACUCCGCCUCUCAGCCCGGUAGUCAACACUCUGCUCGCUCCGGUCCCGCGUCUGGUGGUCAGCGGUUCUACACCCCCAACGAGCCUUCCAACAAUCAGUCGUAUAAUCCUGGUUUGCCUCAGAGUGUCUCCUACAACUCCGGUCUUGCCCUGUUGAGCCCAGGUCACACCCACACCCCUCACCAUUUCAGCGGCAACGGUGGCAUGGGUGAAUCACUGUCUAGUCCCAUUCAUGGCCACAACCAACAUCAGACAGAGCCGCGCAAUUAUGCACCCCGAACAUCCGGCCAGCCUGUCAACGCUUUGCCUCCUCCUCGCUUCGACUUGAAUCUACAGGCAAUGUCUAGUGCUUCUCAAGCAAGCCCGCAGGACCCAUUUGGCAGUCCUGAGCGUACUGAACCGACUGCUCUCAUUCCGUUUCCUGCGCUGCCCCCUCCUGCUGUCCAGCAAGCCAUGCUCGCUGCCCCGAUGCCGGUCCAAUUCAUUGGCAACAAAUCACAAAAGCUAGCUGAGCUGACCUGUACCUUCUCAGGCUUUCCCGCCCUGGGAACCGCCAUGAGCCCUGAGUACUUUCCAUUCAUCAGUGGCCCUGGAUCGGCCAAGCCCUCUACUGGUGGCGUUGUUCGCCUGAAGAACAUCCCUUUUUCUACCAAACGAUCUGAGGUUGUGGCGUUCAUUGGCCGCAACAGCCGGAUGCUGAGCGAUGUUGAAGAACCCAUUCACAUCAUCAUGGAUCGGGCCACCUCUAAAACCAUGGAUGCCUUUGUCGAGUUUGUUUCAAUGGAGGAUGCUAUGCGCUGCGCCGAGAAGCACCAUCAGAACAUCCAACUUGGCCGCAUUAGUCGUCUUGGAGAGCGCCCUGUUGAGGUUGAGUUGUCGAGUCAGGCCGCUCUUAUGCAGGACCUUUUCCCGCUUGCUCGCGGUGUGUUUUGGGACGGGGCAUCUCCCCAGAUUCUUCCCCACAAUCCUGUUGAACCCUGGGCGAACUUCAAAGGGUUCAUCUCUCCCGAGGAAAUGGUCAUGCUUGUCAAGCAUGUGGAGGUCCCCCAUCGAUCUCCGUUCUCCAAAGAGUGCCCCCAGCGCCCCUAUGAGUGCCUCAUCAGUACCUUGCGAAAGUUCCCUUGGUUUGCUGCCAACUACGUCACGAUCUCGCAACGCGGUGCCAUGUACAAGGCCACCAUUAAACUGAUUCGCUUGCUCAGUAAAUCGAUGGCCCAGCAAGAUGAUCCUGUCAACCUCAACUCCUCCCUUUUCCAGCGUGUUAUCCGAACUGCUAUGGGUUGCAAGGGGUUUACCGUCCUUCAGAAAGACAACAUUGCCUUCAUGGUUCAGCUGGCGCCCCCCAUGGAACAACAGCGUCGACACGGUCAGCCAUUGAACCCCAACUCUUGGGUUCACCAGUACGCAAUCAUGCGUAAGCCUGAGGUUCCUCUGGACGUUGUUGACUGGUACAUCCGCCUUAUUCGUGAGCAAACUACUCGCGAUGUCUUCGUCCGUCCCAUCCAUGAGCGCACCGCCAUCCAGGAGACACUCAAGGACACUGAUGAUUAUUGGGGCUACUUCUUCCAUGAGGUAAACUACAUUCAGGGUCCUCAGUUUGAUCACAUGUCUCUGGGAGACUGUGCCUACCUCGAGCUCUCGGCUAUCGAGAGAAUUCUUGGCCGAGCUCUAGGCUAUAACUGA